GUUUUCCAUUAAACUUUGUAUCUUUAUAGACUUUAUCUCCUAAGGUGAUGGGGAUAUUACUUUAGUUUUGAUAAGAUUAGGAAUCCCCACACAAGCACAAAUGCACACAAAUGACAGAAACCAUAAAUGUUAAAAAAAAUGUUCUUGUACAUCAACACAAUUUUCUGUGCACGAUCACUUAGAGAACACGCAGGAUUUCCCACCUAAUACACUAUCCUAGCAAGAGACAAUAUAAGGGGAUGUAACUCCAUUACCCCUAUCUCUUCAUCCUUGUUAUAAGUGUGAGAGAAAAGAACAGAUAAGUAAGGUACAAUAAGGUAAGAAGUCUUGGCUCCAGCUCCACCCUACUUUGUGUUCACGACCCAAUCAGAUGAGAUUAUAGACCUGUUAUGCCAAGGAUCUUCCUGCUCAUAUCUGUGAGAAUUAGCUGAAACUGAGAUAGGACAGAAACGACGAGUAAGAAGGACUGAGGAGUGAAAGGAGAGAAGACUGAAGARGAGAAGAGCAGCUAAAAUCGAAACAGGGAUGAAGUUUCCUAUUGCGCAGAGUAGAUCUCUGUUAGAUAUGGAGGUGGCCAACUAUUGCGAAGGCCUGGAUCCAUCAUUCAGCACACUGGGCUUUGAGAAYGCAGAGGUGCUCUAUGGAGGAGGAGAAAGCAUGCCAACAGAACCAAGCCACACGGGCCCAGAUGGGCUCAGCAGUAACUGUGCAAUCUGUGGAGACAAGGCGACAGGGAAACACUAUGGGGCCUCCAGCUGCGACGGCUGUAAAGGCUUCUUUAGACGCUCCAUACGCAAGAACCAUGUGUACACGUGCAGGUUCAGCAGACAGUGCAUUGUUGAUAAAGAUAAGAGGAACCAGUGUCGUUUCUGCAGACUCAACAAAUGCUUUAGAGCUGGCAUGAAAAAAGAAGCUGUACAGAACGAAAGAGAUCGGAUCAGCUCCCGAAGAAUUUGCCCUGACUCCCAAGACCUUCCACCCAUUACUGUUUURGCGCAGGCUGAAUCAUUAUCCCAACAGCAGAUCACCACUCCGGCAGGACUUGCAGACAUCUCAGAGCUAAAAUCGGCCACUGUAGGGGAUAUAUGUGAUUCUAUGAGGCAGCAGCUGUUGGUAUUGGUUGAAUGGGCCAAAUACAUUCCGGCUUUUGGAGAGUUGCCACUGGAUGAUCAGGUGAGCUUGCUCCGGGCUCAUGCAGGUGAACACCUUUUGCUUGCAGUUGCCAGAAGGUCAAUGCCAUUCAAGGACUUCCUGCUUUUAGGGAAUGGCUGYGUGAUACACAGGAACUGCCCUGAACCUGAGAUUUUCAGGGUAGCCAACAGAGUCUUAGAUGAGCUGGUUCAGCCCUUCCAAGAUAUUCAGAUAGACGACAAUGAGUACGCAGCUCUGAAGGCUAUUGUCUUCUUUGACCCAGAUGCAAAAUCUUUACGGGACCCUUCAAAAAUUAAAGCUCUGAGAUUGCAGGUUCAGAUGAGUCUGGAAGACUAUAUUAACGACCGUCAGUACGACUCCAGGGGGCGUUUUGGGGAGCUUUUACUCCUGUUGCCCACCCUGCAGAGCAUCACCUGGCAGAUGAUUGAGCAGCUCCAGUUCAUUAAGCUCUGCGGCCUGGCCAAGAUCGACAACCUGCUGCACGAGAUGCUGCUGGGAGGGCUAACAACAGAGCCCGCUCACCUACACCACCAAGCACACACCCAGUUGGCCCAGGACCCCGUGACCGGACACACACUUGUCAUCAGCACCAUGCCUGUCACUCACAUUCCACAAAUAGCAUCACCAGACACGCCCAUCCCAUCGCCCCCCCAGGGUCCWGCCACAGAAAUGUUCAAACACUUUGCCCAGCCUGUUUGUCCUCCUGCCAGCCCGUCGACUUCCACACCCAAAGACCCCUGAUCCUUUCUGCCACGGGAUCUGUCUCCUUGACUCCUGUUUGUUAUCACAGUGAAAAAUGACGGAAGUGCUGUUUUUGUUUACCGUGUGUCGUUAGAUUCUGUCCUGCCUCUUUCCUUUGUGACUGCUGAAGUCGCUGCARCACCCUGAUACGACUCUCCACGGCUAAGCGCCAUGCCAAAACUGAGCUUUUAAUUCAACGGCCUCCAAUUUAAGCUUUGGAAGCAGACGGUUUWUGUGCGAUGGUCAGAUGAUGGAGUGCAAUUUAAGAGCUCAUUUUUGGCCYGAAACUGGGUUUUAACCUGCUCCGACCAUUCCAAAGCAGUAAAAAUGAUGUGUCACUUGCAGUGUUUGCACACUUGUGACAAGAUCAGUCAUUUAAAAKAAUUGAGUGUAUUUCUUUUAAAUUUCAAACCUUAAAUUUCUUUUUUUUUUGAGUGAUGUAGCUGUCCUGAGGAUGAGCUGUAGACUCUAUCAACUAUGUGCAGAUGUGCACACAAAUAUAGUCAUUUUUUAAAAUCACACGUUAGAUUGAGUUGUUCAUUUUAGCACUCUGGUUUUUCUAAUAAAUAUUUUCUCUUGUGCUUUCCAUCUGAUCCCCCCCCAUGCCAAGAACAAACAAAGCAUGCUGGGGUGUGAGGUCUGGAGUUUGCUUUGAUGAUUUAAAAAGCAGGGGAACCCGUGCUGUUCGGUUACCUGAAACAGUCUGAAUUCAUCCAACCACACCUCUGAACCACAACAAAACCUGGCCUUAAAGCUGUAUGACAGUGAAGAUGGAGGCUUGAAGCCCAACACAGAACCAUGAAAUCUGUGAUAAAAACACAUYAGGAACAUUUAAAUCAGCGACAUGCAGAUUGUAGUUGGUCUUUUUUAUUUCUGAACUUUGUGCGAUUCACUAACUGACGUKUUGUUUGUAUUAAUCCAUAAAUUAUUACAUUUGCACACAAGCAUAKAAUUUCAUCUGUUUCCUGCAGACGUUUAACUUCAAACAUUACUUUACCCUCUAAUAAAGUGAUGUAACACUAUGUUUUGCAUAUUUAUGACCACACUAACAUGUCACUGAGGCAACAUGGCCUAAUGACACAAAAUGCUUUAAACUCUUAGGUUUGUUCAGAUUCUUGAUUUUCUGUUUAAACUAUUUGAUUGGUUUGUAUUUGAAGUGUCAAAGUUUUACUGUCAGAUAUGUUGCUUUAUUUUCUUUUUACUUUAGGACUGAUUAAAUUUCGAAUUCUACAGAAAAAAUAAACAAACAUGUAAAUAUGCGAUACAUUUAUAAUCAAAUGUUGUCGAACAGAAUAUGUAAACACCUGUAAGAUGACAUCAAUUGAUUUGUGAUCUGAUCAUAAAAAUAUUUAUUUUGCUA